AUGGUCGUUUUGCACACCAAUCCUAGGGGNUCGGCCGUCCUGGACGAGCUGGCUCGGAACUUCACGUACGGGGCGCGGGGCGCCGGUAAUGGCUCCCUGUCGGGCGCAUGGUACCGCCGGAACCAGAUUCACCUUUUUGGAGUUUUGCUGGCCAUUUUAGGAAACCUGGUAAUCAGCAUUUCCCUAAAUAUUCAGAAGUAUUCACAUCUUCGGUCAGCACAGCGAGAACCCCCAAGGCCAUACUUCAGGAGCGCGUUGUGGUGGGCUGGGGUCAUACUGAUGGCCCUGGGAGAGACGGGAAACUUCUCGGCCUAUGGACUCGCCCCCAUUACUCUCAUCGCUCCGUUAGGCUGUGUGUCUGUUACAGGUAGUGCUAUUAUUUCUGUUAUGUUUCUGAGAGAAAAUUUGAGAACCUCAGAUUUACUAGGUAUGACGUUGGCAUUGGCAGGAACAUAUCUAUUGGUGAACUUUGCUCCAAAUAUAACUCAGGCUAUCUCCGCAAGAACAGUACAGUAUUACUUUGUUGGCUGGCAGUUCAUGAUCUACAUGAUUUUAGAAAUAUUAAUUUUCNUAGCUGUUGCCUAUAUUUAUUUGUAAUUCUCUCUCAACUAUGAAUUUUAUUUGUGUUUUGUGUUUUCUUUUUCAGCCUCGGUGACUGUUAUUUCCGUAAAAGCUGUCUCAGGCAUGAUCACUUUUUCUGUGACGGAUAAAAUGCAACUAACUUAUCCCAUCUUCUAUAUCAUGUGUAUCAUCAUGAUAGCAUCUUGUGUUUUCCAAGUCAAGCUCCUGAAUCAAGCCACAAAACUCUACAACACAGCGACGGUGGUGCCCGUUAACCACAUUUUCUUUACCGUCAGUGCCAUAAUCGCAGGUAUCAUAUUUUAUCAGGAGUUUCUUGGUGCAGCUUUUCUCACUAUAUUUAUAUAUCUUUUUGGGUGUUUUCUGUCAUUCCUUGGUGUGGUUUUGGUCACAAGAAAUAGAGAAAAGGAACAUCUGCCACAGUCUUACAUUGAUUUUGGAAAUGUUCCCGGGAAACAAAUGUUGGAUAAGAUACAACCAGAUUCAAGCGGCUUAUCCUAUGGAACUCUGCCUGAUGGAAGUGACUCCAUAAAGAGCCCGAGUGGAGAGAAGAAAGGGGUCUGAGACGCCGAGAGGGAUGGCUGUGGGCCUGUGAUUCAAUACCGCUUUUUAAAAUAUUGCACAUGUUCAAUUUAUGUCAGCAGCUAUUUUAUGCUGACAUGUGCUCGCCUUCCUUUCAGUCCCUGACCCCCACCUCCAUGUCCAUAGACGAUCAGGGCCUUCCUAAGCUUUGACAGUCUAAGAUUUUCAUGGAAUGUAAUUUGAAGUGUUCCCCGCACCCUGGACCUCUCUCCCUGGUGAUCAUCUAACUGGUUAGAUCUUAAUUACAGCCUGGCUGCCCAGGCAGAAAUGUCACACAAAAAUGUGCAUUGACGAUUUGGCUGCAGAAUGCGUAGGUUGCUUUUCCCAUACAGCUUGCAAGGUCAGUUGCUUUGCUUUAAAGAGACACUUUAGUCCCACAACCUCCUCCCUAAACCAAAGGUUUGAAAGCAUUCAUUUUUCCUUAGACAUCUUUUAGGAAGCUUCCCAUAAAGAUUUCACUUUUCUGUUCCCAAAUGAGAGUGGUAAAUCAUCUUUUCUGAAAACGAGCCCUAUCGUAUUUAUCCUUUGAAAAGUAAAGGUUUUUUUUUUUUCAUAAUUAAGCAUCUGUGUUUGACUACA